CGUUAGCUUCAAUUAAACCAAAUUUAAACAAUUCAAGACAUCAAUAACGGCCCGACUCCGUAUUAUUUCAUUAAUUCAACUGCAAUUUAUUAUUUUCUGCAGUUUGAAAGUAGAACAUAAUGUUGACCAUCAUCAUCCGUGAUUGAUGCGCAUCUAUUCUUAAACCUGUUAAACCCGUACAUGCCUAACCUCGGCAACACCAGUAAAAUGUAAAAUAUCGCGAAAAUAAUGGAUCCCCGCGAGGAAAAUAUUGGUUUAUCCACCAAGGACGCCCUGCAUCGCCUCUGCAAAGACAUCGAGCAUACCGUCAGCCAGUUCAACACAGCCCAUAGCAAAAAACACAAAAGAUCCUGGCUGCAGCGUUCCUGUCAUCAGUCUAGUCACUACACAAACAUCAAUUGGAUUUCAGCACUCUUCCUACUCUUGUGUGCCUUCUCACUGUUGCUGGUCUAUGUAUGCUCUGACGAACAAGACAUCCUCAUCUAUGAGGCCUUACUCAUUGUAGCCCUGCUCUCAGUUGCUGUAUUUAUUGAACUGUACGAUAAUAAAUUGCGGCAGCACGAAAUUGCCGACACAGUUUCACUUCUGGUCAAGCAGAUCCAAGGACAAAUUAACACAAUCAAAUGGAAUGCAGCAAAUUAUCCAGAGUUGGGGACACCCUACUCACCUUGUGUGACUUUGCAAUGGACAUACAGGGAUAACAGGGUGGUGAAUUUGCCCUGGGCACUACUGGUGAAGGAUGACAUCAUUAUUGUCCGCCCGGGUCAACACAGUCCUGGGUAUUGUGAGGCCCUGGACAAGUGUGACAUUCCACUGCUUCACGCUAAGGAAGUGUACGGGCCAUCACUACAAAAUGCCAACGAGAUUUUCAGUAUUCCCAAGGCACGCAAGCCGUUGGAGAACAGGAAGUAUCGACUGUUGGAGACGCCGUAUCUGGAUAACUUGAAAGUCGCCUUGGAGCAGGGUGUUGAUCGGCCGAUUACACCAAAUAAUAAGCAAAGGCAUUUGUUGAUGAUCAAAGUCAUAGAGCGGAUACUGCUGCCCGUAGUGGGGUUUUUGAUUUUGGUAAUUAACUUCGUACGCUUUAUGUAUUUGGAAAGCACGGUGGGAAAAGCGUCUGUUCUGGACUUAUUCCUCGUUGUGCCCACCAGCACACUGCUGCCGCUGCUACCAAUCUUCUUCCCGAUCGCGUGGAAUGUCCUCAACUAUAUUGGCAUGGCCAUAUUUAAGUCGCUCUUUGAACAGACCAUUGACACCACCAGCACGGUGGAUUCCACCACGGAGCUCUUCGACGAUGCGGACGCAAAAACAGAUAUCCUGCCAAAGACCAACAUCGACUACAAGUCGGUUUGGAAUCAUUUUAAAUCAAUCAUGAUGGGAAGGUCUUCCAUUCUACCGCGAACAGCUAAUAUUCUGCAUGUUCUUGGUUCCGUUACGGCCCUUUGUUGUGUGGACAAGAAGGGAAUCCUUUCCUGGCCGAAUCCCACUGCCGAGAAAGUUUUCUUCUUACACAAUUCCGACAAUAUAUCUGAUACCUCAAGUCUGGCGAACCUCAAUGAUCUCAAUACGGAUGGGGACAAAACCGCCGACGCGCAAUUUCAGGAAGAUGCGGGAACCUCAAUCGCAGAGGUGUUGGACGUGACCUACAAUCCAAAGGACCCCUUCAAGCUACACUUUGACGACAUGAAAUGGCACAAGCAUUUAAAUUCGUUGAAGCCGUUGGGUCUGGCCAUUCUGCUAAACACCUGUAACAAGGACACUCAGACAACGUACAUGCAAUUCUGCUCGCACAUCACUUGCGAAGCUAUGUAUAACGAAAAUUUAGUUCCAGUCACAAAUAGACGAUGUCUGUGUGAGUUGGCAAGGGAAAUCGGAUUCGUCGAACAGGCGCAGAAGAUCUUCUCCUUGGAGCAACAAUUGUCUACGUUUCGACACUUGCAACCGGAAAUGGUCCGCAGGGAUAACAAAUACGCACGCUCAUUGAGCAUGUCAACCAAAUUAAAGUUUCCGUUUCCGCACAUGUUUGCUGUGGUGGUAAAAGAACUCAGCAGCGGAUCCAUCCAAUUGUUGUCGCAAGGAACAGCUGAUAUUAUUUUAGAUUCCUGCGUUGAUUAUUGGGACGGAUAUGACUUGUGUCCACUGACUCCCGGCGAUCGGAAGAAGAUCCAAGAUUUUUAUCAGCGCUGCAGCCUUACGGCUUACUGCACGGCCUUUGCUUACCGUCCCUUGUCGAAGGCAGUCAGUGAUAAGCUCAGCCAUGUAUAUUUAGAAUUGCCUAGUGAUUCUAGGCAUUUGUAUCAGUGCCACCGGAGCCCGACGCCGGUGCAUUGGGAAUGUCGAAGUGUGUUGGAGCCGAAAAUUCGAACGGCUUUAGGUCCUUUUUACAGCACAGAUUCAUUAUUGUACAAUGAACCACCAAACUCGGAAGUGCAGGACGCAGAUUCAUGCUUUGACAUGCAAUGCAAUCAGGUACUGAUUGGUAUGGUGACCAUGCAGUACCAGGCCCAGGCAGAUAUGGUACACCUCAUUGAGCAACUCGAGCGCGCCUGCAUUCGGUUUGUGCAUUUCAGCAAGGAGAACGAACUGCGGUCGCGCGUCUUCAGUGAAAAAAUGGGCCUCGAGAGCGGAUGGAACUGCCACAUUUCGUUGCUCAGCGAUCGGAAUAGAGCGGGUGGCGUGAGGAGCGCGCCGGCUGCGCAUUUGCGCCGCAAGUCGCAGAGCGACCGCCGCCUGUACUCCAUCGACACGCCGACAAACGAAUUCAAGAAUAUUCGUGAUAGCAAUUUGGAAUCGUCCAGGACGAUGAGCUUUUCAGCGCCGAGUGCCAUCAACACCGAGCAGACGGUCGUCAAGUUCGACAACGAGGUACAUUCGCUGGCGCCGCAUGACGAGGAGCUGUCGCAGGAUGAGCACGACGACGAUAAGGACCAGCACGACUGGCAGAGCCUGAGCUGUCUCACCGAUAGCACGGAUCAUAGUGCGCCAAUUAACUUCGACAUGAGCAAUCGGGCAAAGUUACCGCGAGGCAUCGAUAAAAUCCGACCACAUAUUGAACUCAUUGAUAACGUCCCAUUGCUGGUAUCCCUUUUCACCGACUGCACACCGUCCAGCACCAAAGAAAUGUUGCAUAUCAUGCAAGACUAUGGCGAAGUGGUCUGCGUCAUGGGGUCUUCCGCAAACAAUGAAAACAUGGGCAUAUUCCUGCAAGCAGACGCAAGCAUUGGGGUAGAACCAAUAUACCCGCAAACCUGUCAGACCAUGGAAACUUGUCAUCAGACCGUCGAAGGCAUGCUUUCGCCUAUCGACAUCUCUCGCUACCUCAACUCAAUUGCCUGCUCACUCUCAUUGAAGCGUGAGCACCCAAUCUCGAUCUUCCAUCUGGUAAUGGUGGCCCGCCACUACAUGUGGAACCUUUGGAAUACAACACAAUUUUGGGUCUCCUGUUGCAUUUCUCUGAGCAUCAUGCAGCUGGCGGCUGCGCUGCUUAUGCUUCCUGCCCUCCUCACACCCGGCCACGUGCUAUGGUCCAUCUGUGUAGUGAUCCCGAUUCUCAGCAUCUCACUCAUGGGUACGAAGACCGAUCCUGAAAUUAUGAAAAAGCCACAAGAGAAGAAUCAGAUCGUGUUCAAUGCUGAAGUGGCCACCUUCGUCUUGUGGUUCUACGGGGCAAAGUUUCUGCCGGCGAUCUUCGCUGUUCUCAUCACGUUCUCGAGCAUUUUGUCAGCGUAUUGUUCCGAAAUAUGUACGCAGGAAGAUUGCACGUGCCUGUUGUAUUAUUUACCGACGCAGACGGCGAAUGCGACGUUUACGGGCGGUUGGGUGGACACCGAGCACAGUUUCACGCUGCGAUACGCGCAGAAUAUUUGUGUAUUGGUCGCGAUGCUGCAUUUUGUUGUCAUAUCGGUUGGUUUUGUGCAUCGUGAGCAUAACAUUUGGGCACGAUCACCGCACACAAACAUUCUAUGGGUGGUCGCAAUGGUCGCACUCGUCUUACUGCAGGCCAUCUACAGUUUCGUCAAUGUGGUGGACAUUCCUAGCGCCAAACAGAAAUAUUUCGACCCGCUUAUUUUAAUCUUCGUCUUCUUGUCGCCGCUUUUAACGUUCGCGAUCGCCGAACUUGUCAAGCGACAUGAAAUUAAGAUGAAUUUAAGACAACAAAGGCGUAUUCGUUUGGAAUUUGGCACGAAGCUCGGCAUGAACUCACCCUUCUAGAACGCACCCACACACUCGACGCCAAACGACGCAACAGUUCUAACUAAAUGUGUUCAUUAAAAAUAUAACUCAACUCAAACUCAGCUCUAUGUAUAUACAAUUUUUAGAUAAAUGUUUAGGCUAAGUUUUAAUGAUUUAAGUACAAAGAUGACUAAAGGUAUGCGAUAAUGCGAGCGAUGAUGUGACACUGAAGUACGAUAUAUGGGAGAUGUGGACUGUUAUUUUUGUGUAUUUACUUUAAGUUAAAAAAAAAAAGAAACUAAACUGAA